UGCUCACCAUCUAUUCUGUUACAUUCAAGUCAAAUAAUUCCAAUGAGUACAUCAGUGCAAUGGUUCGUAUAUGGGUUAUGUUUGUGUGCCUAAAGCGAAGACACUAUAAUAAAACACCUAUCGUGUGGUUGUCUACCAUCAGUCAUUGGGGGAAGUGUUUUCCAGACAUGUAUAAUGGAAUGAGGAAAUGGCAAAUCAUCUCAGAUGAAUAUCCAGUAGAGAACACCCAUAGCAUUAUCCGAGCCCAGACACAAGAUACAGACACAGCUGACAACCUGUCCAAUAAAGUCAAAGCAAUCUUCCAAUCCAAACAGAGUCAAAAAAAUUUCCGUAUGCAUUUCACUCCAGCACAGAAGUUUUCAUUCUCGACUGAGCAGCUAGAAUUUCUGAAAACAAAAGCUGGAAACAUUCUUGCAAACAUAUUCCAAGCUAUUGUGAAGAGUUUCAAUUAUUCUUUAACACCAAAACCAAAGAACAAAAAUAGGACAAUAGUGAAAAUGCCUCAGCUGUUUGGAGAUCAAUUGAUGAAUGAAUGUGUUUUACCACUUGGUUUUCACGGCGAAAGGCACCCAGAUGAAGAUAGCAGAUGUGAUGCGCCAUCUUGCAAUGUUAAUAGUGAUGAAAAUUGGAAAGUACUAACUGGUUGCUGGCAUUCAUUUCACGAAUCUUGUCUUUUGGGUACAGAGUGCUGUCCACUUUGUAAAGAAACAUUAGACAAAAAACUAAAGGACCUUGGGGAAACAGCGAAAGAGGCGAUCAUUCCAAGUGUACAACCAAAUAAGCCUGCUAACUCAUCUGAAGAGAUAACAAAGAAUGACAAAGAUUCCUUUGAUAAAAUACCACCACUCACCUCAGAUCAACAGACCAGCACAGUUAGAUCAAUAAAUGAGAAAAUUUCCCAAAUACAUCCACAGGCACCCAAAAACCACCAAAGCAAUAGGCAACAUCAAAAUCCCAAAGAGCAACCAAAAGAAAUCACGACAGCAUCAAAUAUCAAUGAACAAGUUGCCAGAAUCAUCACAAACCAGAGCACCAUCGCAAGCUACAGCAACAUCACAAACCCCAGCAACAUCACAAACCCCCGCACCAUUGCAAACCACGGCACCGUCGCAAACCCCAGCACCUUCGCAAACCUCAGCACCAUUGCAACCCACAGCACCAUCGCAAACCCUGGCACCAUCACAAACCUCAGCACCAUUGCAUACAACAGCACCAUCGCAAACCACAGCACCAUCGCAAACCACAGCAUCAUUGCAAACCCCAGCAUCAUCACAAACCCCACCACCACCAAUACCAUUAGUCAUACAUUUAGCCAAGCAUCCAGGUGUAACAGAAUGGCUUCUGCCUCCACAGAUUUCACAGUCGCAACUUUCUGGGCAAGUAACUGGUAGCAAUGCAUGUACAGUGAUAUCAGUGCUAGGUGCCUUCAAUUUGUCUCGAGAAGCAGUUUUUCCAGAGACUACAACAGAGAUAAACAAAGUUGCAUGUUACUUUCGUAACAUCAUGAUGAAAGGAAAUCAUUUAUACAACACCUUCAACAUAGAUCCUCGCAAUCCCAACCUUGAAGUCAAGGACGUUUUGAUAAAGUUUCCCGGAUUAAACAUGAUCAUCAAAGAAGACACAGGAUUCUUUUCCCUUGAUGAUAUGAUCUCAAAAUUCGAAAUCCUUCAAGUGACCAAUCAGAAGAUUGUAGGAGUGCUAAUUAUUCCACCUGACAAGUCAAUUGUCAUCUACAUGGAAAAUGGUAAACUUGCCAUGAUGGACAGCCAUACACAUGGUAUACAUGGUGGCAUAAUUGCAUCAUGUUCUUCAGGCGGUGCACGUGAUUUUGUUUGGUACAUUGCACAAAUGGCACAUCGUUACUGGAAUGCUGGUCUAGCAGGUGCAAAUUUCACAAUGUUAGAACCAUUUUAUUAGCAUGUCACUGAAUCAAUGUUUGGGGCAACCUGCAACAAUUAUAUUGACUGUUAUUGUGAGUUGGCAAACAUGCUGGCAGGAAGUAAACAUGCAUUCAAUGUUAAUGCAUAAAGUAUAAUGUUUAAAGGAUGAAAUUUUAUCUUGCGAGCAACAUUGCAAUAUUGUCCCAAAGCAAUUUGCAAGCGACAAACAAAUGGCAAGUUGAAAUUUACAAAAGAUUUGUAAACAAAGCCUCUAAUUGGACUGUAAGAAAAAGGAAGCUCCAAUGCAGUUGCUCAGACUAUUUAAUUGGCUUCCUUUUUGCUAAUAGUCCAAUCAGAGCCUUUUUUUAACAAAUCCUUUGUGAAUUUCAACUUGCAAUUUGUUGGCAUUGAUUGCAAAUUGCUCAGAGCAAUCUGCUCAUAAAAAUUGCAAUAUUGUGGGGCAAUAUUACAAUGUUGCUUGCAAGAGAACAUCCAGUUUGACUGUGAUCGCCAAUUUAUUUAAUUUGCCCAUUCAUGGCAGUUAUAAACAUUGGGCCAUUCGAUUUAAUAUGUCCACCCCUGCUAUUGAGAGGUCUGGAUAUCCAGUGGAGGAGGAGGGGGCCUUCAUCUUAAAUUUUCCAAUGGGAUAGCUCAACAGAUUUUUUUAAAAAUACCAACAAUUAGGCGUUUUAGUGAUAUUGAAAAAGGGAAAAGCAAUAUCCUAAAGGCGUUAGUUUAAACAUAUCCUCUGGGGUAACUUCCACAAAUCACAUCCAAGGUGGUUCCAAAAUUUUGAUAUCCUAAGGGGAUUAUGAAGGCAUCCCUCAAUCGGGAAGGGGGGGGAGGUGUGUGCCUAUAUUAAAUGGAAUGGCCAGUCGAUCUUUAAACCUAAAUAGUAACUG